AUGAAGAUUGCUUGUGUUCUGGUUUUAGCAUUGACGUACGGAUAUGCUAACGCAUAUGUCGUGGAUAGAUUAACCAUGCCAGCUGUGGUGUUCGACAGCGGAUGUGGAUGCAGAUGUGGAUGUACUCCCCCCAUAGACUACGGAUGCAUGACCUUAAUGUCUCCUUACGGAUGUAGCUCUAGUUGCGGAUAUUCCGUUUCAGACAUGCCUUUAAUUGGUUAUGAUACAAGCAUAUGUCAAAGAUCGUUCUGUCCAAUAUUGGACAUGGGUGUGGCAUAUCCGCUUAUGGAUUCAGGAUGUCUAUUCCCGGAUGUAUAUGAAAUAUCCUAUCCUCGGGGUUGUGGAUGUGGAUGCGGAUGCGGAUGCGGAUGCGGAUGUGGAUGCGGAUGCGGAUGCGGAUUAGUGUUUUCAGAUUGUGUCCCUGUACCUCCACUACCUCCAGUAAUUGGUUGUCCGAAAUAUUUAAGACAAAUUACUUUACCGCCCCCAUUUUUA